CCCUCUUCUCCUCCCCCUUCUCCCUCCCUCUCUCUAUCCACUUUUUUUCUUCUCUCUUUCUCUCCACCACUCCUCGCGCUUUUCUUUCUUUCCUCCCUCCCUCCUCGACUUUCCUCUUCUCACUCCACUCAAUUCUCUCUUUCUUUCACUCUCUCCCCCUCUUCAUCUUUCACAAUGGGUAGCGUCGCUCAGAAGCCCGGAACUUUCUUGUUCACCUCCGAGUCGGUCGGAGAGGGUCACCCCGAUAAGAUCGCCGAUCAGGUCUCGGAUGCCAUCCUCGAUGCCUGUCUCGCCGAGGACCCCCUCUCGAAGGUAAGACGAUAAUGGUCUCUUUCGCGCGAUUUCUUGGUUCCUCCGGCCCCGUAAUCGCUUCUGAUUGGGCCGGUGUAUUUCCGCACGAAAUUUUCGAACGGCAAUUAACAGAGUAAAAUUAGGUCGCCUGUGAGACCGCCACCAAGACUGGUAUGAUCAUGGUUUUCGGUGAAAUCACCACCAAGGCCAACCUCGACUACCAGAAGGUCAUCCGUAACGCCAUCAAGGACAUCGGCUACGAUGCUUCCGAGAAGGGCUUCGACUACAAGACUUGCAACGUCUUGGUUGCCAUUGAGCAGCAGUCCCCUGAUAUCGCUCAGGGUCUUCACUACGAGGAGGCUCUGGAGAAGCUCGGUGCCGGUGACCAGGGUAUCAUGUUCGGCUAUGCCACCGACGAGACCCCUGAGCUCCUGCCCCUGACCAUCCUCCUCUCUCACAAGCUGAACAGCGCCAUGAAGGAGGCCCGUAACGACGGCUCCAUCCCUUGGCUCCGUCCCGACACCAAGACCCAGGUCACCAUCGAGUACGCCCACGACAACGGUGCCGUCAAGCCCCAGCGUGUCGACACCGUUGUCGUCUCCGCCCAGCACAGCGACGACGUCUCCACCGAGGAGCUCCGCGCUGUCAUCAAGGAGAAGAUCAUCAAGAAGGUCAUCCCCGCCGAGCUCCUGGACGACCGCACCGUCUACCACAUCCAGCCCUCUGGCCGUUUCGUCAUCGGUGGUCCCCAGGGUGAUGCCGGUCUGACCGGCCGUAAGAUCAUCGUCGACACCUACGGUGGUUGGGGUGCCCACGGUGGUGGUGCUUUCUCCGGAAAGGACUACUCCAAGGUCGACCGUUCCGCCGCCUACGUUGGCCGUUGGAUCGCCAAGUCCCUGGUCAACGCCGGCCUGGCCCGUCGUGCUCUGGUCCAGCUCUCCUACGCCAUCGGUGUUGCCGAGCCUCUGUCCGUCUUCGUCGAGACCUACGGCACCUCUUCCAAGAGCUCCGACGAGCUGGUCCAGAUCAUCCGCGACAACUUCGAUCUGCGUCCCGGUGUCAUCGUCAAGGAGCUUGACCUGGCCAAGCCCAUCUACAACCAGACCGCCAAGAACGGUCACUUCACCAACCAGAGCUUCUCCUGGGAGAAGCCCAAGGCUCUUAAGUUCUAAGUGCGCUCGCCUCACUCUUUGCGAGCUAACUAAGAUCUUUGAUCGUGCCUUGUGUGUGUGACACCUUCAUUUCUUUUUACGAAUGUGAUGAUUUUGCUUUGUUUUCAACAACUCAAAGCACGAGCAUAGACAUGUGAAAAAGCUUCUUAUUUGGAAUGUUUGUUUAAUAUUUGCAUGGUCGCCUACGGGCGACGGGUUCGGCGAGGAUAAAUUCAACAUGAUACCACUUUCAUCUGUUGGGAGGGAAGUUUCGGCGUUUGAUUUUUUUUCAGGGAGCGACAGUCUUCAACACACGGCCACCUCAGGCUUUGAUAUACUGGACCGGGAAGUGCAUCUGCCCACAUCUUCAUCCGUGGGAGGAUAGUAUUUCCACCAGAAAGCUGCCGAGACGUCCUAUUGCAAGCUGUGCUUGGGAUGGGACGUCUGGCGGAGGAGGUAACAUUUUCAUGACUUGCCGAGUUUUGGACCGGCAAUCAUGAGUGUGCUAAUCUAAACAUUAGCAUUAUAGAGUAAUGAACAUAAACAUAUUCAUCCGUGCU